UCCGCUACAUGUUUUUAGCUCUUGGACAGUCUAUUCACGCCUUUAAACAUCAUUUGAGGCCUGUCAUUGUAGUGGAUGGAACCCACCUUAAAGGAAAGAACAAAGGGGUUCUAUUCGUCGCAGUUACCAAAGAUGGGAACGAAGGGGUCUUUCCUCUUGCAAUUGGUCUUGGUCCUAUCGAGAAUGACGAAUCAUGGACAUAUUUUUUCUCGAUGUUGCGUAUGAGCCUAGGAGAUCCGCCGGAUGACUUACUGAUCGUGUCUGAUCAACACAUGAGCAUCCAGAGUGCCAUUGAGUCCAUAUACCCUAAUGUUUCUCACGGGUUGUGCUAUUAUCAUAUACAAAAGAACUUGGCGCGAUUUGGCCGUCACGUAGCUCAAAUAUACAAAAAUGCAGCGUACAGUUAUCGACAUGAAGUAUUUAACGUCAAUUUCACUGCUUUGGAAGCCCACAACCCGGAGGGUGCUUACAAAAGGCUGACGGAUAUUGGGGUUCAAAGGUGGGCAAGAUCUAAGUGCCCGGUACGGCGCUACGGUUUUAUGACGUCCAAUGCAGCCGAAAGUAUGAAUGCUCGAUUGUUAUGGGCGAGACGUUUGCUGGUUUGCGCUAUGUUGGAAGUGUAUCGCUCAAUUGUAGAACAAUGGUUUGAACAGCGACGCGCAACAGCUUUAGCGAGAGACCACGAGAUAACAGAGGAGGCUUUCAGAAAACUCUCUUUGUCUGUAGAAUUGGGUCGUCGGUAUAAAGUUUGGGGAACAACGACACAUGUUUUUAAAGUCGAAUCAGAUAACAGGACAACCUUUGUCGAUCUACAAAGCUUGACAUGCGAUUGUCGUGAGUUUGAUUUGGACAUGAUACCUUGUCGUCACGCUUGUGCAGCUAUACGGCAUGCCAACCUCAACGUCUAUGACUUUGUAGGACGUUAUUUCAAACAACAUGCUUUAUUACAAACUUAUGCAGCUCGGGUAGAGCCAGUUCCACAACCUGACAUGUGGGAUGUGCCGACUUCAGUAACUGGCUACAUUAUUCGACCACCGGUCAUUAAGCGACAAUCUGGAAGACCGAAAGACAGCAGAGCUCAAUCACAUCUUGAGAAAUCGUCUACCACACCUCGACAAUUUUGCGGUAGGUGUCAAGGACGUGGGCACAAUAGGAAAUCAUGCACUGCAUCCAUUCCUAGCGAGGCCAUAGAUUUGAACAACUCGUUGGACCCUGAACCACGGAAGAGACAAGAAAAGAAGUGCAGUAUAUGUAAGAGUACAGAUCAUACGAAGAGAAGAUGCCCGGAGAAAGAAAAAGACCCGGUUGUUGAAGACUGUGUAAGUCCCGAUUAA